GGCGGCGCCGCAGUCGUGGAGGGGCAGUGGGAGCGUAAGCGGCCGCGGGCGACGCAAGUUCCGCACGGGGUUCUCCUCUCCUCGAUUCACGCCUCUCCUUCCUCUCGCCUAGUCGCACGCUGCCUCCCCACGGCGGCUCUUCCUGACGAAAGCUUUCGGAGUGCGGUAGCUGAGGAGAAGCCAUCACCACCUCGCCUCGGGGCCGAACGAGGGUGCCUGUCGCGCCUCGUCGCCCCCUGCGCUGCCUCCUUGCCCCCAGUGGUGGGCGCCCUUCUCGCUCGAAGCACUCCCCCCAGCUCCAUGAAUGGAAAUCGGCUCCGCAGGACCCGUUGGGGCCCAGCCCCUACUCAUGGUGCCCAGAAGACCUGGCUAUGGCACCAUGGGCAAACCCAUUAAAUUGCUGGCUAACUGUUUUCAAGUUGAAAUCCCAAAGAUUGAUGUCUACCUCUAUGAGGUAGAUAUUAAACCAGACAAGUGUCCUAGGAGAGUGAACAGAGAGGUGGUUGACUCAAUGGUUCAACAUUUUAAAGUGACUAUAUUUGGGGAUCGUAGACCAGUUUAUGAUGGAAAAAGAAGUCUUUACACAGCCAAUCCACUUCCUGUGGCAACUACUGGGGUAGAUUUAGAUGUUACUUUACCUGGGGAAGGUGGAAAAGAUCGACCUUUCAAGGUGUCGAUUAAGUUUGUCUCUCGGGUGAGUUGGCACCUACUACAUGAAGUACUGACAGGACGGACCUUGCCUGAGCCGCUGGAAUUAGACAAGCCAAUCAGUACUAAUCCUGUCCAUGCUGUUGAUGUGGUGCUACGACAUCUGCCCUCCAUGAAAUAUACGCCUGUGGGGCGUUCCUUUUUCUCAGCUCCCGAAGGAUAUGACCACCCUCUGGGAGGGGGCAGGGAAGUAUGGUUUGGAUUCCAUCAAUCUGUUCGGCCUGCCAUGUGGAAAAUGAUGCUUAAUAUUGAUGUUUCUGCCACUGCCUUCUACAAAGCACAACCUGUAAUUCAAUUCAUGUGUGAAGUUCUUGACAUUCAUAAUAUUGAUGAGCAACCAAGACCUCUGACUGAUUCUCAUCGGGUAAAAUUCACCAAAGAGAUAAAAGGUCUGAAGGUUGAAGUGACUCAUUGUGGAACAAUGAGACGGAAAUACCGUGUUUGUAAUGUAACAAGAAGGCCUGCCAGUCAUCAAACCUUUCCUUUACAGUUAGAAAAUGGCCAAACUGUGGAGAGAACAGUAGCACAGUAUUUCAGAGAAAAGUAUACUCUUCAGCUGAAGUACCCACACCUUCCUUGUCUGCAAGUGGGGCAGGAACAGAAACAUACCUACCUGCCACUAGAAGUCUGUAAUAUCGUGGCCGGGCAACGAUGUAUCAAGAAGCUAACGGACAAUCAGACUUCCACUAUGAUCAAAGCAACAGCAAGAUCUGCGCCAGAUAGACAAGAGGAGAUUAGCAGAUUGGUAAGAAGUGCAAAUUAUGAAACAGAUCCAUUUGUUCAGGAGUUUCAAUUUAAAGUUCGGGAUGAAAUGGCCCAUGUAACCGGACGUGUACUCCCAGCACCUAUGCUGCAGUAUGGAGGACGGAAUCGGACAGUAGCAACACCAAGCCAUGGAGUAUGGGACAUGCGAGGGAAACAGUUCCAUACAGGAGUUGAAAUAAAAAUGUGGGCUAUAGCUUGUUUCGCCACACAGAGGCAGUGCAGAGAAGAAAUAUUGAAGGGUUUCACGGACCAGCUGCGUAAGAUUUCUAAAGAUGCAGGGAUGCCCAUCCAGGGCCAGCCUUGCUUCUGCAAAUACGCGCAGGGGGCGGACAGCGUGGAGCCCAUGUUCCGGCAUCUCAAGAACACCUACUCAGGGCUGCAGCUCAUUAUCGUCAUCCUGCCAGGGAAGACACCAGUGUAUGCGGAAGUGAAACGUGUAGGAGAUACACUUUUGGGUAUGGCUACGCAGUGUGUCCAAGUCAAGAAUGUAAUAAAAACAUCCCCUCAAACUCUCUCAAACUUGUGCCUAAAGAUAAAUGUUAAACUCGGAGGGAUCAAUAAUAUUCUUGUACCUCAUCAAAGACCUUCUGUGUUCCAGCAACCCGUGAUCUUUUUGGGAGCAGAUGUCACUCAUCCACCAGCUGGUGAUGGGAAGAAGCCUUCUAUUGCUGCUGUUGUAGGUAGUAUGGAUGCCCACCCAAGCAGAUACUGUGCCACAGUAAGAGUUCAGAGACCCCGACAGGAGAUCAUCCAGGACUUGGCUUCCAUGGUUCGAGAACUUCUCAUUCAAUUUUAUAAGUCAACUCGGUUCAAACCUACUCGUAUCAUCUUUUAUCGGGAUGGUGUUUCAGAGGGACAGUUUAGGCAGGUAUUAUAUUAUGAACUACUAGCAAUUCGAGAAGCCUGCAUCAGUUUGGAAAAAGACUAUCAACCUGGAAUAACCUACAUUGUAGUUCAGAAGAGACAUCACACUCGAUUGUUUUGUGCUGAUAGGACAGAAAGGGUUGGAAGAAGUGGCAAUAUCCCAGCUGGAACAACAGUUGAUACAGACAUUACACACCCAUAUGAGUUUGAUUUUUACCUCUGUAGCCAUGCUGGAAUACAGGGUACCAGCCGUCCUUCACACUAUCAUGUUUUAUGGGACGAUAACUGCUUUACUGCAGAUGAACUUCAGCUGCUGACUUACCAGCUCUGCCACACUUACGUGCGCUGUACAAGAUCUGUUUCUAUACCUGCACCAGCGUAUUAUGCUCACCUGGUAGCGUUCAGAGCCAGAUACCAUCUCGUGGACAAAGAACAUGACAGUGCUGAAGGAAGUCAUGUUUCAGGACAGAGCAAUGGACGAGAUCCACAAGCUCUUGCCAAGGCUGUACAGAUUCACCAAGAUACCUUACGCACAAUGUACUUUGCUUAAAAAGUCCAAGAAUAUUCUCUGAGAGGAAGAAUUGAAAGAUGCAUCGACAUAGAGCGUAUGUUUCCAGUGGAGUCAGUUGAGUGGGAAUGCCUCCAGCCAUACAGCAACCAACACUGUGUGGGGACCAGGGUCUGAUUUUUAUGUUAAUAUAAGGAAGAUUGUUUACUUCAUCAAGGAACACAGCACCAUUAUGCAAUAUGAAACCAGCCAACUGCUUUUUUGUGCGGUCUCCUUAGGAAGUAUCGCCAUUGUUUUGUUUUCACUUUCUUGUAGUCUAACCCUUUUAAUGCCUUUACCUCAAGUUGCUUGGCAGCACAACUAUCUUUGCAAAAAAAGUACAGAAAAAGUAAAUGACGGUUUAAAAAAAAAAACACACACACCUUACAUGAAUAAUCAAAGUGAUUGUUCACAAUUAUGUGUGCAAAAAAAUUAAUGUGCAUUCGUGUAUUCUUGUGAAAGGUAUCUGUGUAUAUUUUAAAUAUAUACAUGUAUACUUCAUAUGCAUAUAUAUCUGGAUCUACACUGACAGUAGAUAUAUAUGUGUCUGUGUGUGUAUUUUAUAGUUCAUUCCAUCGGGAAACUUUCUUUCCCUUUUAUCAUCCUCCCACCACCACUUUGAUUUCUCUCUACCUCCCUCGCCUUCAUCACCUACAUUUUUUUUUCCUGAUGCUACCAGUGACAUUCAGAUGUUCAUGUAUCUGGUUCAUUUGGAUAUGAAGCAUGGCAAACUAGAGUUUUAUUUUUAUUUUGCACACCCUACUCCUGUCUCUUGUCUCAUACACAAUUCUAAGUCCUCAACUCUUGAUAUUGCUUUCUUAAACAAAAUUAUUAUAUAUAUACACACACACAUGUAUAUGUAUGUAUAUAUGUGUGUGUGUGUGUGUGUGUGUGUGUAUAUAUAUACGUAUAUAUAUAUAUGAAGUUUCUAUGAGAGUGUCUGCCCACUCCUGCUCUGAACUUAACAUUUGCCAUUUGUGCAAUGUGUAUAUAAGCAGUAGCAAUCUUAAACUAUUAUUUUUCUUUAGUUUGUUAAAGCUGCUAUAAAUAUAAAACUUUGUCAGAAGUUGUAACUCAGAAAUUUCUCUAUAACUGAUAUGUAUUCUAAAGCCUUCUGUUGCUAUGGGUUAUACAUGAAAAUCCCUUACAGCUUUCAUAAAGGGCAAAUAUUUUAAAUGAUUGAAACUCUUUAGGGUUGAGGCCUCUGAAAUUGGGUGGAGAGAGAGAAGGGGUUGCUGAGGGUUUUUUGUUUUUGUUUUUUUGUUUGUUUUUGUUUUUGUUUUUUUUUGCUAGUUUACUUGUUGCCUCUCAUACCUUAAUGUGAUUUUCAUAUAUAUAUAUACACACACAUAUAUAUAUGCUUAUAUAUAUAUGUAUGUAUAUAUAUAUAUAUAUAUAUAUAUAUAUACACAUAUAUGUAUGUUUUGAAGUACAGCUUCCUUUUAUAUUUAUUAGGAUAGUGCUUUAAUAAUUAGAGAACUGUAUUGGCAACAUCUUUUAUAGAAAUGUAAUCAUGUUUAUUUUAAGAACUGACAACUUGUUUUGCUGUCUUUUAGUGCAAUAAGCAGUUUUAAAGGAAAGGUGUGUCUGUUUGAUUUCUUUACCACAGAUAGUGGGAGAAACAGGCACCUCCAUAAUUUUAAAAGGGCAAAGUAAUACAGCCUUAAUUUCAGAAGGAAAGUUUUGUAAUUUUUCAAGUUUAAAGAAUGUCUUUUAAAAAUCCUAAUGAAAAUGAAGGAAGUUAAAUUUCCUAAAUGAGUCUGAUCUUAAAUAUUAGAGAUAGAGUUGAACUUAGAUUUAAGAAAUGACAGUGAAUAGGGGCUUGUAACUUUUGAUCUCAGGAUCAUGAGUUCAAGUGCCACUUCAGGUGUGGAGCCUACUUUUUAAAAAAUGACAGUGAAUAACUUAAGAUUUAGAAGACAUUUAAUAUUUUGAAAAUAGAUCAUGUUUAUUGAACAAUCAUACUGGUUAGGUGCCCAUUUUCAUUUACUAAAAUUAAUUAGGAAAAUGUAAAAUGAUAUUUUUAAAACAUUUUUUGCCAAUUUAUCACCAGUGUAACUUUCCUUUUAAAAUUAGGGUUAUGGUGGCAAAGGAGGUUAGGACUGAUCAUUUUAAAUGAGUUAAAUCACUGAAAUAUGGAAAAGGUUUUACAAAACUUCUGUUUUAUUGAUUUUGUUUUAAGGUAUUGAAAAUAUUAUAGAGCUGUCAAAAUCAAGUUCAUCAGUAACAUUGGAUUCAGGGGAGCUUAGCACUUUGUAACUCAUGAAAAUUGCAUUUUAAUUUUUUUUUUUUUUUUUUGCACUGGUUCAGAGUGUAGAUACUACAGAUUGUUUCCAGUGGGCAUUUUAAACCUUUCAGAAUUCCAUCUGCACAUGAUAUCAAAUGGAUUAGCUCUUUAGUUUCUCUCUUACCUGUAAUCCACUCUUAUUGCCAAUUUACUGUAUUUUGAGCCUAUAAUCUGAGCCCGUGUCCUCCAACAGGUAUGAAAUAUUUUGUUCCUCUGCCAGAAAACUAAGAAAGUACUGUAUUUUGUAUGUUUAUUAUUACUGAAGUGUCUGAAAUGCAAUUUACAACACUGUUUCAAAGCUCUUUACAUGAAGUAAUAUUUGUAUAGUAUAUACAUUUUUUUCUCCCAACCCUGCCCCUCUCCUCCAAAAAUUUCCUAUAAAGCAUGUAUUUUUUUUUUUACAUUAAAAUUUCACUGAAUAUAGUCAGGAACAUGAACAAGAGAAGAAAAUAGUUUAUCCUUGAUUGUUAUAUGCUUGCUCAGUAUGAGUAAAACACCUUCCUUUACCAAUGGGAGCUACACAGACAUGUGGGAAACUAUAGGGCCCAGGGAAGAACUAUAAGAUACCAUUUGCCUAUUUAGUGCUUCACUUCAUUUUCAGUUGCUUAGUUUUCCAUGUGGUAGAGUGAAACCCGUAAUUUAAAUCUAUUUGGAAGGACUUUUACUGAGGAAAAACAAAAACGUUUUUUAAUAUAAAGCUUUACCUUUGAAGUGAGUUCUUUUUUAGGGUUUCUUUCUUACAGUUUCAACAUUGCUAGUUUAAGGUUGGUUAACUUGAAAGAAUAUGUAUAGUAUAUUUCUAUUUUGCUUACUAACAAAUUGGUAUAUCAAACUUAAUUAAAAGGAACCUUGUGCUUAGAAUUUUAAGAUAAAAGACUAAGUGGCAAAUACUUUUUGAAAUUUGUUUUAAUUAUUAUUGCACUCUGGUGUAGAAUUCCUGAUCUUUUUUUAUUAAAAAAAAAAAAAAAAGAUUGUUUUGAAUUUAAAGGUCAUGAAACUCAACAAUGACCUUUCUGUUCCUGCCUUUGCUCACUAAACUGUAUAAUGAAUGCUAAAUUUUGGUCUGCUGUUUUCUAUGAUGCAUAAGAUUUACUUUAAAAUGUCAGUCCCAGCCACUGGUAUAAUUGAUUUUCAUAUGAAGAAGAGUUGGGAGUUUAAUGUAUAUUCCGGAUGGCAAAUGUGUCUGGGUAAAGUGCUGAUACAUGUUAUGACAGUAUCAGGUUACUGGCAUUGAGGACCAUACAUUUAUAAUACUACAGCUGCUAUAUUUAUUUAAUUAAGUAGAGUCUGACAUUUACUGCACUAAACAAUAAGGAGAUGAGCAGGAUUGGAGGCUAGUGUUAAGACACACACCCUUUUUUCCUAAAUAAGAUUAAGAACAUGAAAUAAUAAGGUAACAAAGGGUGCUGCCAUUUUAGUUUCAAUUUAAUAUCAGGAUACGCUUUGUUUUAGAAAUGCAGAUUUUAACUUUAGCUGUUUUGCAAAAGGGUACCUCAACCGCCUCAGUACUGGUUUUUGGCAUAUUUUCACAGAAGUACAGCUGCCCUUUAUUUUUUCUUAAUAUUUUACCUUUUAACAAGUUUCUCAGAAAAAAAAAAAAAAGUUCUUAUAUGGAAAUCUACCUGUUUGUAAUCCAUUAAUUUAUUUCUCUUUCUAGAAGAGUCUAGAAGGGAUUCUAGUAGGAAUGUACCAGGUGUUUUGGAAGGCACUAGAUAAAGAUUCAUCUCUACUGUCUAGAAUAGGGACUCCUAGCCUUCUAAAGACCUAUACUAGUUUUCCAAACUAGGUUCUUUGAUGACCCACCACUGCCUAAUGUUUACUUGUAUAUUCUGUAAUGGAUUUUAGGUUGACAGACUGCAUGACAGGCUUAGUCCUGACAGACUUAAAGGAAAUAAAAUCUGAGUUGCCAUUCAGUAGAAAUGGCUGGCAGAGGAUCUCAGUGUUUAAGGAAGAGGUGAACAAGCAGAGUGGCAGUAAUAGAUCUGAAGCAAUUAGAUGGAUUAUAUAGGCCAGGAAUUAGAAACUGUUGGUAAAGGAAGUUGAUGAGUGUUUUCAGAGGCUAACAUAUAUAUUUGCCAAGGGUGGUGAUUUUUAUGAAAUCCAUGAAUCUAGCCACUUGGAUUCAGCUUAGAAUAUUUUAGUCCUGCUUUUUCAAACUUGAUAGAAAUAUUUUGCCAAAAAGCUUAACUGAAAACUCUGUAUAAUUUUUAUUCAGGAUCGUUAAACCUGAGUUAAAUAUUUGGUUAAAUCUCUCUUAGAUGUUCUCCUAUUGAGUAUUUUUAAAAGACAGGUUGUUCCUAUCAGUAACUUCCGACUUAAAUUACCUUUUAGGAGUUAUCAGUCAAGCUGCAAAAAGACAUCAUUGGCUUGGCAUCUUUAUUUUGCCUUUUUUAUCCAUACAGAGUUUUAAUCCUUUGCAUUCUUUUUGAGAAUUCUUAGAUGUCUUAAAGCUUCAAUAAUAAUAGUUGGGAGGCUUUAUAGAUAUAGAUAUGGAUAGAUCAAGUGAGGCUUCCCUGAGUGGUGGUAUAACCCUGACUCUAAAGUCUGUCUUUAUUUUCCUAUUCCCCUCCCAUUUGAUCAUAUAAAGCACUUUCGUGAUUCUAUAGGAGUCAAAAAUAAGCCAAGAAUUGAUGUGUAAAAUUAGUACAGAAAUGUGAAAGUAAGGGUUUUCUCCAGAAAAUCUUUUUUAAGAAAUUCCCGCUUAUACUAAGAACAUUCUUGAUCAAUGACUGUUAGAAAUACCAUGAUUAGUAAAAUGUAAGCUGACUCUCAGGAGGAAAAAAAAUCUCUCUCUCUCUCCCCCUCUUCCUCCCCACCAUAUAUAUAUCAAAGGGAAAAAAAUAUUUUUUGACUUUUUCCUGCUUUUAAAAAUGGUACAUUUCAGUUUAUAAUUUUCCCUGUCGGUCAAAAUAAUUUUUUUUUUUAACAUAAUGGUCAAAGCUUGUGCUAGUAUUACCUACUGCUAGUUGAAUUUUAUUUUUCUUUACCCAGCAAAGAUAGUACUCUAGAUUUUUACAUUGUACAUUAAACCUCAAGAAUCUAAUGCUCUUAAAGUAUGGAGAAGCUAAAGAUUUUAAUUUGGAUUGAAGAUAGAAAAAUAAUAACUUUAGUAUGGAAGGUUGAGAUUUACCAAUAGCAAACCCUGUUGAAGUACCAGGUAACAAAGAGUGUGACAAAAUUAAGAUCCUAUUAAUUAAUCUGUCCACCCAUUGGUCUCCCUUCCUUUUUGAAAUCAAUGUCUGAAGCAACCAAAACCUAAUGUUGUAUCUAUGUUAGUGUCUCAGUAAAGCAAAGAUGUUCUUCAGGGUAGAUGCUGAGUUAAAUUGUUAAAUCUUUUUUUAAAGCAAGGCGGUUCUUAGAAAGUGCCUUUUCAGAAGAUGGUGCUGUAGAUUUUUAUUUUUCAAAUAGCACGAGACUAAAAAUUUAAAAGGUAAAUUAUUUUAGAACUCCAAGAGUGUGACAGUUUCAUAUAAAUAAUGUUAUUCGUUGUCCUGAAUCUGGUCCAAGGAACCAAGUAAAGGUUUCAUUCAGUAAAAUAUCUAGGUAAAUGCUCACCAAAUGUAUUUUGCAAGUUUGAAAAAUAAAUUUUUAAUAGAAUUAACCCUUUCAGUUCUCAGCUGUGUUUGAGGUAAUCUGUAAGGUGCAUAAAACAGCAAAUCUGCUAAACUUUUUAACAAGAGUAUGGGUAUAGUAACAAGUGCCCAAAGGGAAAGGUAACUUGCCAGGGAACUAUAUGUCAUAGCUACUUUUUUUUUUUUUUUUUUCAGUAUAGAUUGACCCUUCUGUAAAUAUCUUUUGGCAUCCUUUUCUAAUUAAUAUUUGUUAAAGAAGACUGCUUAUAUAUAAAGGAGAGCCAAGUCAUCAUGGAAAUUAGUUUAAGAGAAAAAGUAAGUGACUAUAACUCUAACGUUAGGAAAAUUUUCUUUUUUAGGCACCAAGAAAUAUAUGAUUCCCUCUUUUUUCUACCAUGGGGCAACUAUGAAAUAUGAUGAUAGUGCAUCUAAAAGGGCAUGACCGGUUAAUUAGAAAUGCAACAUGAAAAAUUGGGCUUUGGAGGAAAUAAGCAAAAUGAACCAUUCAUACUUACUAGAAACAUAGUAAUCUACCAGAAAGCAGUUUUCCCCUGGGCUUUUUACUCUCCUAGUAGACAACAGUAAAUGAUCACCUAACCAGUUCUUGCUUGUGAAUUUGGUGAGCAUUUCUCCAGAAAAGAAUUGACGUAAAACAAAAAACACCACACCUCAGUAACCUUGUAUGCUGCAUUAUGUAACAAUGAUAGUAAGAUUAUAUCGAUUGUUUGGAGUGUACUGUGUCUGUUUGCAAAUAUACAUGCACAUUAAACUUUUUCAUUUUUUAUAAUGU